CCAACGUCCCCCAGACUCACAGAGUCACAGGUGACAUGACAUGCCAGAUUCUGAAUGACACAAGGGCGGACGCAGCAGCCAUGAUAUGAUGGCUAGAAAUACAUUCGGGUUUUGGUUCUAUUGUAUUAGUGCUUGGCACCUUCUUGGUCUUUCCUGCGUCAUGGCAGGAGUAGAAGAAGCCCCAUGGUUCUUCAAACCCGGACAAGCGCAACCUAUAGAUUUGCUUGACCAACCGGACGCGAUACCGUUCUGGCCUGGCAGCAUCAAAGUCAUAUGCGAAACCGAAGCGCAAGGGGUUCGAUGUGAUGCAAAGACUCCUUGAACAAUACUCAGCAUGAGAACUGACCAAAAGGCAAGAGCGUAGCGUGAGGAAAUAGAAGUAUUCUGCGUCAGGAGGUAAAAAGAAAGAAAACUCGAAAUUGACAAAUAACCGCCGUUCCAGUCCA